CUGCUCUCCUAAAGCAUGCCUACCCCAAGUCUUGGAAGGCAUGUUUUGGAGAGAAGCCCAAGUCCCAGACAAGUGGAGAGGAGGGUGCAAAGCAAGAGCUCACUGUCCAAAAACCUGCAGAGGGUGUACCCACUUAGCAUUCAGAGAAGCAGCUCAAGUCUUACACUCUCAUCUCUCUCUCUUUCUCAGAAUUCAAAUGACUCUUCUCUUAACAGCUCUAUCUCCAGUUGGGACCGGAAGAUUCAGCUAUCAUUUCGUGGGAUGUUCAGCUCCUGGGAAAGGAGAUUUAUUUGUGCUGCUGGGAAAGGAAGGUUUGGAUGUGGAGAGCUGGGAGGCUUUGGAAGUGGAGAGUUCGAGUCUUUUGCGAGCACCGAAGAUUUAGCUGAUGAUGUUGCCAAGGAGGGAUCAGGAUGUGGGGAGACAGGAAGCUUGAAGAGAUGCAAUUGGAUUACCAAAUCCAGUGAUGAAAUUUAUAUUACUUUCCAUGAUGAAUGUUGGGGUGUCCCUGCAUACAAUGACAACCGACUCUUUGAGCUGCUUGCGUUAUCUGGCAUGCUUAUCGAUCACAACUGGACCGAGAUUCUCAAGCGGAGGGAGCAAUACAUAGAAGCCUUUGCCAAAUUCGAUCAUAAUGUUGUUGCCAAGAUGGAAGAAAAAGACAUCAUGGAGAUAAGUUCCAACAAGGAGCUCAUGUUAGCAGAGUGCAGGGUGAGAUGCAUUAUAGACAACGCAAGGUGCAUACAGAAGGUUGCUAAGGAAUUUGGAUCCUUCAGUGCCUACAUAUGGGGUCAUGUCAACCACAAACCCAUGAUUAACAAAUACAAGUAUCCUAGAAGUGUCCCUUUUAGGACUCCAAAAUCAGAAGCCAUUAGCAAGGAUUUGGUCCGAAGGGGGUUCCGCUUGGUCGGGCCAGUGAUCGUCUAUUCAUUUAUGCAAGCAGCAGGGAUGGCUAUUGAUCACCUUAUUGACUGUUUUAGAUUUAAUGAAUGCGUGCGACUUGCAGAGAGAUCAUGGGGCAUGACUAAUAUGGCUAUGUAGCCCAUUAGAUUUUGGCUUAAACCUUACUUUUGUGUAUAUUUAAGUACUGGAAGUUGACAAUUGGAUGAGUGAUCAGAGUUUUGUAUACACAAAAGUUUGUAUUUAUUUAAUAAAUGAUACGCACUAAAUGUGACCUAUUUCAA